ACAGCUGUGUGGAGGAAGUUUUCAAAAAAAAUGUGAGUAUUUCUUGUGCUGAACCAAAGGAGCGAUUUAAGCUUUUGGAAUCAGAGUCUCAAAUUUCUCUAGACGAGCUGGCAAGAACCCGUCAUUAUUACCAGUAAUAGCAGAAAAAGAAAGAAAGAAGUUUUGCCAUGAUGGGUUGUUGCCUGCCGCCUACAAAUUUCUCUCCCGGAAGCAAUCUGUGGAGACCAUCUUGGCCAGUGCUCAAGGCUUAUCCAGGAGGGAAUGUGAAAGGGAAGCGAGUGCUUAGAAGAGCAUUUGGGAUCAAUGCUGCAGUUGAAUUUGUAAAUGCUAAUGAAGCAAAGAAGCUCGUUUCUGUUGACGGGUAUGUUGUGUUAGAUGUGCGUGACAAGACUCAGUUCGAGCGUGCACAUAUAAAAGAUUGCUUUCAUGUUCCAGUCUUCAUCGAAAAUAAGGACAAUGACUUGGGAACUUCGUUAAAGAGAGCUGUGCAUAGCAAUUUUUCUGGCUUAUUCUAUGGUCUACCUUUUACUAAACCAAAUCCCGAAUUUGUGCAAUCUGUUAGAAGCCAGUUAUCACCUGAAAGCAACUUGUUACUUGUUUGUCAAGAAGGAAUGAGGUCUGCUGCUGCUGCAAAAAUGUUGGAGGAUGCUGGUUACCAGAAAAUAGCUUGUAUAGCAUCGGGUCUUCAAUCUGUGAAACCAGGAACAUUUGAUUCCGUGGGUUCCACGGAGUUGCAAAAUGCAGGCAAGGCUGGUUUAGUUAUGGUACAAGGCAAGGUUUCAGCUGUGCUAGGAACUCUACUAAUCUGUGCAUUUCUUUUUAUAACAUUCUUCCCAGAACAAGCGGAAAAACUACUUCGAAUCAUUCCUUUCAGCUAGCCCCAAUGAAUCUGUCUAGUCCUUUGGUGCAACACCCUAGAAGUCGAACAAGAUUUUGGUGAUGAACAUUACUUAUGAGCUUCAGUUCGCUUUCAAGAUCUUCCUCCAUCUGUUUGGAUUGUUCUAUAGCCAAUUUCUUCACAGCAACUAUUUUUCCAUUCUUCAAAGUGCCCUGUUUAACAAACAAGUUCUAUUUAU